ACAAAGCCCAGCCCGUCUCUGGCGCUAGUGGGAGGGGACUUGCAGCUGCGCGCCGGGCUGGAUAGUGCUUCUGCGGUCGCCUGCUCCACCUCCAACUGGGUCCAUUCAGAGCCGGCGCGGAAGCCUAAGCGGCCGUGGAAGAAGGGAAGAGAAGGGCCAGCCGGCUCCCUGCUGAUGCGGCUUCAAUUCGCCGUCACGCCAGAUUUCUCCAGGAGCCAUGGGGCACCCUCCACUGGAGUUCAGCGAUUGUUACCUGGACAGCCCUGACUUCAGAGAAAGGCUCAAAUGUUAUGAGCAGGAGCUGGAAAGGACCAACAAGUUCAUCAAGGAUGUCAUCAAAGAUGGGAACGCUCUCAUCAGCGCCAUCAAAAAUUACUCCUUGGCUGUACAGAAAUUCUCCCAGACUCUCCAGUCCUUUCAGUUUGACUUUAUUGGGGACACCCUGACAGAUGAUGAGAUCAACAUUGCCGAAUCCUUUAAGGAGUUUUCAGAGCUGCUUCAAGAGGUGGAACUUGAAAGAUCAAUGAUGGUGCAAAAUGCUAGUGAUUUACUGAUCAAACCGCUGGAAAACUUCCGCAAGGAGCAAAUUGGAUUCACCAAAGAACGGAAAAAGAAAUUUGAGAAGGACGGGGAGAGGUUUUACUCCAUGUUGGAUCGCCAUUUGAAUUUAUCUUCAAAGAAAAAAGAAUCCCAUUUGCAAGAGGCUGACAUGCAGGUGGAUAAAGAGCGGCACGUUUUCUUUGAAUCUUCCCUGGAAUACGUCUAUCAGAUCCAAGAAGUGCAGGAGAGCAAGAAGUUUAGUAUUGUAGAGCCUGUCUUGGCUUUCCUCCAUAGCCUCUUCACCUACAACAACCUGACUGUGGAAUUGACGCAGGAUUUCCUGCCAUAUAAGCAACAGCUUCAGCUCAGUCUGCAGAACACCAGGAAUCACUUUAGCAGCACACGGGAAGAGUUGGAAGACCUCAAGAAGAGGAUGAAGGAAGCUCCUCUCACCUGCAAGCUCCCUGGGAAGCCGACCAUAGAAGGCUACCUGUAUUCACAAGAAAAAUGGGCGCUGGGGAUCUCAUGGGUCAAAUACUACUGCCAAUACGAGAAAGAGGCAAAGGUGUUCAGGAUGACACACAUGGAGCAGAAGCCAGGGUCAAAGCAGGGCACCUUACACCUGAUGCUGAAGUCCUGUGUGAGGAGGAAGACAGACUCCAUAGACAAAAGAUUUUGUUUUGACAUUGAGACGCUGGAAAGACCUGGGCCCAUCACCUUGCAAGCCCCCUCAGAAGCAAAUCGACGGCUCUGGAUGGAGGCCAUGGAUGGGAAAGAGCCAAUCUACCACAGUCCCAUCACAAAGCAGGAAGAAAUGGAGCUGAACGAGGUUGGCUUCAGAUUUGUUAGGAGGUGCAUCAACGCCGUAGAGACAAAAGGUAUUACAGUCGAAGGCGUCUAUCGAACUGUUGGGAGCAACAUCCAGGUGCAGAAGCUCCUGAAUGCCUUCUUUGACCCGAAGUGCCCAGGGGAUUUGGACUUCCAAAAUAGUGACUGGGACAUCAAGACAAUUACAAGCUCAUUGAAGUUCUACCUCAGGAAUCUCUCUGAACCUGUCAUGACGUAUAAGCUUCACAAAGAAUUGGUCUUAGCUGCCAAGUCUGAGAACCUGGAUUAUAGGCUGGGGGCGAUCCAUUCCCUUGUCUAUAAACUCCCUGACAAAAACCGAGAGAUGCUAGAAAUGAUCAUCAGGCACCUGGUCCACGUGUGCGAACACAGCCGGGAGAACCUGAUGUCUCCAUCUAACAUGGGGGUCAUAUUUGGCCCCACACUCAUGCGAGCCCAGGAGGAUACCGUCGCUGCGAUGAUGAACAUCAAAUUUCAGAACAUUGUGGUGGAGAUCCUCAUUGAGCAUUUCCACAAGAUAUAUUCCGGGCCUCCCGAGGACAAUGCUGCACCCCCAGUGCCUCCUCCCCGGGUAGCCACUCGACGGCACAAACCCAUCACCAUCUCCAAGCGCCCUCUGCGGGAGAGGCCUGUCUUCUUUGGAGGCUCCGUGGAAGAAAGUGAAGCAGAGGAUGGCGGCUUCCACAACCUCAACGGCACAAUGCUUCCUGGCUGCACAGAGGCCCCCAGGCCACUCCAGCGCAGUAGACUGCCCUUGCAGAGGCCAGGGGAGGCUGAUACCAGAAGGCCCAGCGCAGAAAGCAGGUCGGAGCAGUGUGCAGAUGUGGAUGUGGGGAGACUGGUCUCCAGGCUCCAGGACAGCGGGCAGAAGCCCCCCAGCAAAGCAGCGAAUGGCAUCAUGCCUGUGACAGAGUCCCUGAAGGCCUCCACACUGCACGCUAAGAGGCCUGCUCCCAGACUAGGGCCAGGCUGCAAGGAAGGUGAAUACGAAGGCUUUGCUAAAGCACGAUCACCUGGAGAGAAGCCGGUGAUAACACGUCCUCCAGUGAGACCACCGGAUCCUCCAUGCAAAGCCCCGGCAGCUCAUAAGGCGGAGGCCGCCUCUGUGGUGGCCUCCAGGACAAAGUUUUUUGAGACAGCUUCCUUCAGGAGAGGGAGCUCUUCAUCACCACAAGGCAGGCUCCCCAGUGAUGAGACCUGAAGGAUUAAUGACUUGUAUGUCUGAUCCUGGCUGGUUCCAGAGAGAUUUGCCACAGCCCCUCCUCCAGUUCUCCCUCUCCUGGUUUGUGAGUCUUGCUGCGUAGAUCAGCUCUCCUUCCAAGAUCUCGUCGUUGAAGCAUACCGUUCUGAAUAGUUUCCUAAGAGAAUAAGUCCAUCUUGCCAUCGGUUUCCGAAAGUAGCUCCUCCUUUCCUUUCCUUCUUUCUUGCUUCCUCCAUGUUUCUACUCUUUCCUGUAUCCAAGAACACUUGUUUGUUUCCCUUUGGGAUGUUUGGGAGAAGUUGGAAUGCCACAGCUGGCCAAGGAAGAGAGUUGGGGUGUGUGUGUGUGCGAACAGUUUUAUCCACCCUGUUCCACAUCCCUUUAAUGUGGCAAGGUGGUCCCACCCCAAGAUUUAUGUACAGGGCUAUGGGGGAGCACCAGUUUUUAACGCACUGGCUGUCUUAAGACAAAUCACUCUGUGCAUUGUGGGGGACGGGGUGUGGGGAGAUGGACGCUCCUUUCUAAAUCCUUUUCAGGAAUGCGAAGACAUUUCCAAGCGGGGGUUCUCCCCCCACAGCAAAGCACUGAAGAAUGAACCUUUUGAUUUUCUGCAGUGGAGCAGAGAGUAAUUUUGGUGGUUAUGCUGCCUCUGCAUCUUCUGCUUGGCCUCCCCAGGUGGAAAGCAGCCCCCUGCCAUUGUGCAUUGGAAGGAGACAGGACCACCCUGUACAGUUUUCAUUCCACCCCGGAGCAGACACCAACUUCAUCAUCGACGUGCCUCUCUAACUCUGGUCUCCUGGGGAGGAGGUAGAGGUACUUUCAACAUUUCAGCAGAGAUGUUCAUUUUCCUGGUUCUGGGAAUGCACCAUGGUUCUCCGUCCUAUGUCUUGUGUUUCUCAGGAGUGUGGUCAAAAGCACUCCUUCGGAUUCUGUGGCUUUGAAGAACUGGCUUCCCAUCACAACACACAAAGGUUUCUGAGGACCAAAGCACAAAGUAUCAAGGCAGACCAAGCAACAUCUUUUCUUUGUUUAAAUAAUAAUCAAAACUCAGUUUAUAUUGAAUGUUAGAAUCUUUGCCGAUUCACAUGUCUCCUGUAAAAAAUAUAUAAAAACCA